AUGUGUGGCGGGUUACUGCGGCGGCUGCUGGCUGAGGAGACGACGGGGCACUCCACCCCGGUGGGGCGCCUCCUGCUCCCCGUGCUCCUGGGAUUCCGCCUCGUGCUGCUGGCUGCCAGUGGGCCCGGCGUCUACGGCGAUGAGCAGAGUGAAUUCGUGUGUCACACCCAGCAGCCGGGCUGCAAGGCUGCCUGCUUCGACGCCUUCCACCCCCUCUCCCCACUGCGCUUCUGGACCUUCCAGGUCAUGUUGGUGGCUGUUCCCAGCGCCCUCUACAUGGGUUUCACCCUGUAUCAUGUGAUCUGGCACUGGGAGGAAUCAGGAAAGGUGAAGAAGGAGGAGGAGACCCCGCUCCACGAAGGGCAGAGCGGCAGAGGUGCCCCAGGGCCUGGAAGCGCCCGGCUGCUCUGGGCCUAUAUGGCACAGCUGGGGGCUCGACUGGCCCUUGAGGGGGCAGCCCUGGGAGGGCAGUACCAUCUGUAUGGGUUCCAGAUGCCCAGCUCCUUUGCAUGUCGUCGAGAGCCGUGCCUCGGUAGUAUAACCUGUACUCUGUCCCGCCCCUCUGAGAAAACCAUCUUCCUAAAGACCAUGUUUGGGGUCAGUGGGUUCUGUCUCCUGUUUACUCUUUUGGAGCUUGUGCUUCUGGGUUUGGGGAGAUGGUGGAAGACCCAGAAGCACAAAUCUUCCUCCUCUAACUACCACCCAACUUCAGAGAGCACCAGAAGACACAAGGAACCAACUGAUAACUUUCCAGUGGUGGAAACAAAAGAGCAGUUUCGAGAAGCAGGUGAGAAGGACACUCUUCCUGCCACUGAUGUCUCUGUCCCGAUGACCUCCUCUUGGGGCAGGUCCCUCACCCUUCUGGGAAGUACAACUUCUGCAUGUUACAAAGUAGAUAACCAGGUUCUAGGCAGAUGUGUCCUGAUCACUGCUCCCAACCCAUCUCCCAAUGUCCAUCCCCUUCAAUUUGAUGAUUCCUUCCAGUGA